CGGCAGCAUGGUCUUGUACAACUUUUAAGAAACGCCUAACUCUACAUUUCUGAGUGUACAUCACGGACAGACCGAUGCAUCUUACUCUCGUCGUUACUGCGAGCCUUUGGUUCGCGCUGGUAAGCAGCCAAGCUAAUCCCCAGUCAUCGCCAUGUGGCUGCCUAGAAGAGCCAGCAAGUGGCAGUAACCGGAAAGAGAAAUUCUGCAGACCUCAUCUGACGCCCCUUUCUGAGCUAAAGAAACCGCGCAACUGUAUCUGCAGACCAGGCCUUGUGCGGAAUGCCUGGGGCGACUGCAUCACCAAGCACGAGUGCUUGCACUGCAAGUGCUUCCGCGACAAAGAUUUCAACGUGUGCGCGAGAAAGUGUCCCUUGCUCUGCAACCAGCCAAUGCGUGCUUCGUGUUCUCAGAAGUGCGUCUUAGGCUGUGACUGUCCUCCUGGUUCCGUACGAGACCCCAGCACGAAGAAAAACUGGUGCGUCAAGAGUACGAAGUGUGCUCCGAUAUGCCCUCCACAAUCGAGGUUUGAGCCCUGCGUGUCAACCUGCGCACCCAAGUGCGGCAAAAGGCAACCCAGUAUCUGCGCCACACGUUGCCAACGGGGUGGUUGCGUUUGCUUAGAGGGUUACGCUGAGGCUGAGCGAGCUGGGGAGAUAAUCUGCGUGCCCCUGCAGGAGUGUUACAGAUACACGGGAGUUGCGACGUCGACCCCCUCUAGCGUACAUGGACACAUCGAGGGGCGGCAUUAGCACAGCAGGGACCGCAUUGCUCCCAGGCCUCGUUGUAGGACGACCAGGGGGCACAGCCUUACCUGGUGUCGUCGGAAGUGGACCGGGUGGUAUCUCAGUAGACACAGAGGGAGGAUCAUCUAGGGGUACUUAUGGGGUAGCAGGAGUCGGUGGUGGCCUAGUCACAGAAGGUACGGGCUCACCGGAUUCCGUAGAAUCUGGAGAGACUGGAGCCGGAACAAACCCAGAGGAUAUACCCUCGUACGAUA